AUGUCCGAUUACAAUGUGGUUUGUACCAUCAACAAAUCUGAACCGCCUUUUGAGCCAAACAUCUAUCUCUGUAAGGAAAACAGCACCUGCUGUUUCACUCGUGGAAAUCCGACAUGCUGCCUUCGGGAAGUUUCCAUCAAACAUGUCUUCGAACAGACCUACCCAAUUGUUCUCGUUUUUCUCUGCCUUUUGCUAGCGGCCGUUAUCAUCAACUGGUACUUCACUGAUGAAGAACCACCUGCGGAUAUUGAAAAUGAAAGCGUCGAGAAGAAAUCAGUGAUGGGGCUUUUGUGCCCAAGCGAUGAAGACGAGACCGUGGACGAUCCGCUCUUUGGUAAAGUGUAUGAGGAGAAUGUUUCCAGGAAGGCUUACGUGGCCAGGCAGCCAGAUCGUGACAAUCUUCGCCGACGCAAAUCUACACACUGCACUCUCGAAGACUGA